CUUCUCCUCUGCUUUUCUUGGUUGCUUCUUCUUCUUCUUCUUCUCGUUUGCUGCGUUCUCAAGCCAGGCAUCGAUCCUCCAUUGAUCUGCAGGUUUACUCUUCCCGGCAGCGGAACAUCCUGACGAUGGCCGACGCCGACAACUACUCCAGUGGUGGCGGUGGCGGGAGCGGCUGGGAGGUUGUGUCGCUCACCGCGUCCACCUACGCAGCAGCGCCAGGCCCAGUCCCGCCACUCCUCCUCGACUCCCAGACAGAGCUUUCCCCUCCUGCUGAUGCUGCUGCGAUCUUCAUGUCCCAGCACUUCAAUUUGCCAGCGGACGCACCUCUUGCCGAUCUGAACGGUCCACGCGAAGAAGAGGAACCCAACCCUGCCAUGGUUGAUGACGAAGCUGCCGGCACUGAAGAUCUCAACAUGCAAAACGAGCGCAAGACAGAGAUGCAGGAUGAUAGCCUCACAGGUUCAGAAUUUCUGAGUGAUGGGAAUGGCCUGCAGGAAGGAUGCGGGCUUGUCGGUUCAGCCGUUGGGGAACGGCUAUCCACCAUUCUCUGCCCUCCUGACGCGGCAGGUUCAGAUAUCCGACCCACAACUCACCACCGUGCUGCGGCGGAUGUCAAUUCUGCUUCCCCGCCUGCUGCUCAUGUCGUUACUGCUGUAUCUCUUUCUUCCGGAGCUGCGUCUGAUGCAGCAUACAAGGGCCCUUCCUCAAAGAUCCCAUGCGAAUCUCAUGCGUGGUGGAACAAGACAUUCUCGUUUCUGCGCAGCAAUUCCAAACAGUCGCUCACCUUCCGCUUCGUCUUCGUCGCCGCUACCAUCGCUGGGCUGGCCUUCCCGGGGCAGCGCGACAGGUUGCAGCUCAGGCUCGAGUUCAAUGUCGACACCGAGAAGAUGAGUUCCGCUGUGAGGGAUCCACUUGGUCAGGUGAAACUCAACAUGCUUGUUGGUGGCAGCCCUGUCGCCCAGGGGUAACUAAAAAGCUGCAUGUAAGAAGUGUGGUGAUGCUGUCGCCGAUGAUGAAGAAAAAUUUAGUAUGGUAAACAAAGUUGAUGAUGACGAAAAAAUCUGAUGGUGAAGAUUUGUAGCUAGCUGUUCCAAUGUAUUUAAAUAUCUUAGUGUGUUCCUCUCUCCAGUCUGUUAGUAGCCAAUGUAGCGAAUGGUGUGAGUACAUUAGUGUUGCUUAAUUAAUUCUCUCUGUCUAGAAUUACUGCAAAUACUGAAGUGCAAUUAAGCAGCGACCUAGUAUCACUUAGUCUUGCAGGUGAUGUGUUUGAUCUCUGCCAGAGUUGGUUGAGUAUCCAUCAGCAUCAAACAUUUCAUUUGCUUUAGGUACUCCUGUUUUGUCUCAUACUAUGUAGAUCGAACGCAUAUAUGUUCAACUUUAUUAA